CAGGCGUCGAUGGCAGACCGGGACAGUUUGGUGGCGGCUGUGGCACGCCAAGGCGCGGCAGUGCGUGAGCUCAAGAAGAACGGUGGGGCCGCCGCGGACAUCACAGCGGCCGUGGUCGAGUUGAAUGCGUUGAAGGCCCAGUUGAACGCGUUGGCCGAACCCGUCGGGAUCGUGGUCAACAAGAAAGCACUCGAGGAUCUAUUGUUGCGCAAGAUGUUUGUCGUCCCGUCGUUUGAAAUAUACGGUGGUGUCGGUGGCUUCUACGACUUCGGCCCCCCCGGUGCUGCGGUCAAAACCAACUUGCUCAACUUGUGGCGUCGCCACUUCCUCUUGGAAGACGACGUGCUCGAAAUCGAGUGCACCAACAUCAUGCCGGAAGUCGUGCUCAAGACGUCCGGCCACGUCGACCGCUUCACUGAUUUGAUGGUCAAGUGCACCAAAUCUGGAGAAUGCUACCGCGCGGACAAGCUCGUCGAGGAUUUCAUCGAGAACCUCCUCGCCAAGAAUGCAUCCGCGCUGACGUCAGAGGAGCAGGAAAAGCACCGACUCGUCGCGACCAAGGCCGAGAGUUUGACGCCCGACGAGAUGCACGCCGUGAUCCAAGAGUACGGCAUCGUGUCGCCCGGCCAUGGCGCGGUCUUGUCGGCGCCGGUUCCGUUCAACCUCAUGUUCCAGUGCCACAUUGGCCCCGAAGGGCACAACGUGGGGUAUUUGCGCCCGGAAACCGCACAAGGAAUUUUCCUCAACUUUCGCCGGCUGCUCGAGUACAACGCGGGAAAAAUCCCCUUUGGUUGCGCGCAAAUUGGGAAUGCUUUCCGGAAUGAAAUCGCCCCUCGCGGCGGGCUCAUCCGCGUCCGCGAGUUCCAACAGGCCGAAAUUGAAUGGUUUGUCCACCCCGAAGACAAGUCGCACGCAAAGUUUAGCCAGGUGGCGUCGCAGCGCUUGACGUUGUUUCCCAAGGCAAACCAGUUGACGACGGGCAAGACGGUCGUCUUGACUGUGCGUGAAGCCGUCGACCAAAAGCUGAUUGCGAACGAGUCGCUUGCGUACUAUUUGGCCCGCACGGCGUCGUUUGUGGCGCAGUUGGGCAUUGACAUGGACCGCGUGCGCUUCCGCCAGCACUUGGACACGGAAAUGGCGCAUUAUGCGUGCGAUUGCUGGGACUUGGAAAUCCAAUUGAGCACGGGAUGGGUCGAAUGCGCCGGCCACGCCGAUCGAUCGUGCUACGACUUGCAAGUGCACGCCGCCAAGUCCAAGGUUGAAAUGGUCGGUACGCUCAAGUACGACGCGCCCCGUGCCGUCGACGUCGUCGACAUCAAGGUUAACAAAGGCAAGGUCGGCAAGGCCUUCAAGAGCGACAUGGUGCUUGUGAACAAAGCAUUGGAAGCUCUCCGUGUAGACGACGCCGCGGCACUUGCGUUCGAAGCCACUCUGGCUGAAGCCGGCACGGCCGACCUUCACGUCGACGGGAAAUCGUUCACGUUUGCCCGUGACAUGUGGAGUGCGGCCAAGGUGACCAAGAUGGUAUCUGAAGAAAAGUUUGUCCCGAGCGUGAUUGAGCCAUCGUUUGGGGUCGGUCGCAUCCUCACGGCGGUCUUUGAACACACGUUCUACGCUCGCGAAGGCGAUGAAAAGCGAGGUGUGAUGGCGUUCCCUGCAGUUAUUGCCCCCAUCAAGGUGGCGGUGCUGCCUCUGAGCAACGCCAAGGAAUUCAACCCGGUCGUUCAGGACUUGGAGAGAAAACUGCGCGCGGUAUGUCGCUCUCUCAGUGUGUGUGCUGCUAUGUGGAAACGAGGCGGCCUUGUUUUCGUGUGACGGAAUUAGUCCACGUUUGGUUUGGCUGCGUGUCAACGACUUUGCUCAAGGACAAUGCUUGUGUGGGGAGUGUAUUCAUGUCGAGAAGCGACGAACGGGCUUCAUGACUGACCUUGAACGAAGUGCUGACCACGGGUGGUUGUGCAGGCGGGCAUCCAAGCCAAGAGCGACACGUCGGGGGUCGCCAUUGGCCGCAAGUACGCGCGUGCCGACGAACUCGGUAUCCCGCUUGGUGUGACGAUCGAUUUCGAAACGCUCCAGGAUCAUGCCGUGACGGUACGAGAGCGCGACUCGUGCGCCCAGAUCCGAGUGCCUCUCGCGGACGUGGUGAACCACUUGCGAUCGGUGGUCGAAGGUCACGCGACGUGGGAGACUCUGACGGCGACGUACCCUGUUUUGGAAGGCAAGAAAGAAUAAGAACCGAUUGAUCUUCCAACACGACUGUGCACGUCCAUCGAAGGAGUUCUCGUGCCUUCGUUUGAUGUCGUCGUCGUCUUCGCCAUGCUCGAUGCCGCGUCGACGAGAUCGAGUCCUUCAGGGACGCUAAAUAGUGUAUGCACUGUAAUUACUGUUCUUUCGCCA